AUGCAAGAUGAUCAUGAAAAUACAGCCAACAAUGAAAUGACUAAAAAUAGCUGUAUUUCAAAUAGCAAAAUUACAUUCUGCCCAGUAAGACAAAUCCUUCGCCAGCUCGGAUACCGUCCGAGGCAGCCUCAAGAGGCGACCGUCCACCGGCCCGCCCUACCGCUUGCUUCCACUCCCCACGCGCCGCCGGACGAAGACGGACUCAAAAGCACACAGGAUUCCAAGAAAUGUGGUUUUGCUGCCCACGUUAUCGUGGUUGUAGAGGACAGGCCUUCAUCCCAAGUUUUCUCUUCUGCAGUCAAGAUGGUGAGUGUGGGUGUGGGCACAAGGCCAAGCUGGCCAAGACAAUCCAACCCAGGAUUCAGGUCUGGUAUGGAGACAGAUGAGACUGUCUUGCGAAGGAGACAGAAGCAGAUAGACUAUGGGAAAAACACCAUUGGUUACCAGUAUUUUGUCCAGCAAGUUCCUAAGGCUGCUCGGCAGUCUGGUAUUCACCCGCGUACUCCAAAUAAAUAUAAGAAGUACAGUCGCCGCUCAUGGGACAUGCAGAUCAAGCUGUGGCGAAGGGCCUUGCAUGGUUGGGAUCCACCUGAACUGAAUGCACAUGGACUUGAGAGGGAAGAGCUGCUGAUCAAAAUGGGUCCUCUGGCUGAUCUCUCAAAUGACUGGAUUGAUGCCCAAGGGAUCCUGGAAGGUAUCUACCAAAGAGUCCCUGGAGGACAGUUUGCUGGGUUGUCAUGUUGUGCUAACUUUUCUCCUCAGCUGCCUCAGAAUGCUGCAUCCAACUGGGAGAAUUUUGUGGAAGAUGUACAAGACUAUCCAUUCUGCUCCUGGCUGACAAUUUGUUCCCCUGAGAUCCCAAAGCAGCUGAUGCCCUGGAAGAGUGUCUUAAAUGGGGAAGCUUGAGCUAUCCUCACUACUUUUACCUCAUGAUUCACUUGUGCCUUUAGCUUCCUAUGAUAUCCACAAUUUUGUAAUGAAUUACAACAUUGUAAUUCAGUUUUGUAUUGAAUU